AUUAUAUCGGAUUAGCAAUCGAAUCAGUUUUACCAGGCCUAUAUACAGAACAACUAAUUAAAUUAAACAAUUUACUCAAAGAGUAAGCACAUAAAAUUUUCUAUAAAAACAUGAAGCAAUGGCUACUUCUACUUCAUAAACUUCAUUCCUAGCUCCAACUUUCUCACUUUGUUCUUACCACUUUGUCUUUAACAUUCAAUGCCGUCAUUGUUUGUUGUGUCUUCUCUGCUUGCUUCCAACUUAGCAUCCCUUCCGUCUAAAGUAGUCAUGCAGCAAGUCGUAAGGAGAGGUAUUCAUUACUGGAGGAGUUUGAAUGCUGCACAUCUUCCUAAUGAUAUGGUCGAAAAGGGCCAAAACCGAGUGAUGGAUGCUUCCCUCACUCUCAUUCGUGAAAGGGCAAAGCUCCAAGGGGAGCUAGUACGGCGUGAAGGAGGUGCUAAAGCAGUAAGUACACUCCUUGGAGUACCUUUGGGCCAUAAUUCUUCAUUUCUUCAGGGGCCAGCUUUUGCACCUCCAUUUAUUAGGGAGGCUAUUUGGUGCGGAAGCACAAAUAAUACUACGGAAGAAGGCAUAGAAAUAGACAACCCUCUAGUCCUGGCAGAUGUUGGUGAUCUUCAUGUUCAAGAGAUCAGAGCUUGUGGCGUGGAUGAUAGUAGAUUGAUGGACAUUGUCUGUGAGUCGGUCAAGAUUGUAAUGGAAGAAGAACCUCUGCGCCCUUUAGUAUUAGGUGGUGACCAUUCACUAUCUUACCCAAUUGUAAAAGCUAUUUCUGAAAAGCUUGGAGGACCUGUAGAUAUUCUACAUCUUGAUGCUCAUCCAGAUAUCUAUAAUGAGUUUGAAGGAAACAGAUAUUCUCAUGCGUCUUCUUUUGCUCGUAUAAUGGAAGGCGGUUAUGCACAUAGGCUGUUGCAGGUAGGUCUAAGAUCUAUAAACUAUGAAGGACGUGAGCAGGGAAAAAAGUUUGGCGUCGAGCAACAUGAAAUGCGAAAUUAUUCAAAAGAACGCGAGUACUUGGAAAGUCUGAAACUGGGGGACGGAGCAAAGGGUGUCUACAUAUCAAUUGAUGUAGAUUGUCUUGAUCCCGGAUUUGCGCAUGGUGUGUCGCAUUUUGAGCCAGGAGGUCUGUCUUUCCGCGAUGUUCUCAACAUUUUGCAUAAUCUUCAGGGUGAUAUCGUGGGUGCAGAUGUGGUUGAAUAUAAUCCACAACGCGACACUGCUGAUUUUAUGACUGCUAUGGUUGCUGCUAAAUUUGCAAGGGAACUUGCUGCAAAAAUGUCUAAGUGACUAUGUUCACUAGCAUGAAACUAAAUAAUAAGACUGUAUUAGUUAGUAGUUAUAUAGUCUAAAUAAUGCCAAAUGCGUGCAACUAUGGUACAGUUUAUGAAAGCAUGAUUUUAAGAU